CAAAGUCGUAAAGAAAAAACUUGGCACCCGGUUUGAUCUGAAGGACAACUUCUUGUUGCGCCAUGGGUAGCCCGAAAACACAGUAAAGAUAGCAUUGGGGUUUGGUUGAGCCAUUGCACAUGAAUAUGAAACCACAUUUUUCUUCUUCUUCUUGUGAUUUCUUCAUUUUCUUUCUCAUUUUCUUGGGGACAAGAGUUCCCAAAUCAAAUCUGAAUUGGGGCACAAAAACAAAGCAACAAACUUUUACAGCCAGUGACAGACCAAAUUACUCCAAUAAGCGAUGGGUCUACUUAGGGCAAGCGUCAAUCAUCUUGGACUUCACAAAGGUGGCUGCCCAAAAAUUACUACUGCCAAAUGUCUGAAUACAUUCAGAUAUGAUUCUCUCUUAUUUUUUAUUAAUGAACAUUUCUACAAGUCUUUAUCAUCUAUAAUCAUUUUUAAUUGAUUUAAGUCUGAGAAUUUGAUGCUCCAAGUUUUUUAUUCUCUGUAAUUUAUACCAUUUAUCAUCUUUUAUCCAUCCAUACCUCCAUUCAUUAUACUUUUUUAGUUUUUUUCAAUUAACUUACAACCAAAAGAUUUGGUGAUGAUGAAUCCUUCUCCUCCUCGACGCAUAGUGGGUCUUUUCAGGGUCCGACAGUGAUGAUGCCUUCUUCUUCUUAUUCUUCACCUCAACACGCUGUGGACGAAGACUUGGGUUCAGAGCUCGUACUUGAUGUUGUGAUUCCAAUAACUUGCUUCAUAUUAUUGUGCCUAUUUGCUCAUCAACAUUAUGGUACGCACCGAGUUGGAUUCUUCUUUGAACCAAUUGUGUUGACGUGGCUGCUAUGCAUCAGUACCCUUGGCUUGUAUAAUAUAUUUCGCUGGAACCCACAUGUUUAUCAAGCUCUUUCCCCAUAUUACAUGUUCAAGCUCUUGAAGAAGACAAGGAUAAGUGGAUGGAUGUCUUUAGGUGGAAUAUUACUGUGCAUAACAGGCUCAGCGGCUAUGUUUGCUGAUCUUGGACACUUCUCAUAUGCGGCCAUUUAGGUAACUUUGAACAUCAUUAUAACAGUACUUUAUCAUGUUUUAAUCUCAUUUUCAGUGGAUGUCUAAUCUAACAAGGGAAUUUCAACUCCUAAUGUAUUUUCCUACCGCAAAUUGGUUUCACCUUUCUGGUUUAUCCAACACUUAUUUUGGCAUACAUGGGCCAAGCUGCUUAUUUAUUACAUCAUCACCACUCCAAACAUAGUAUCAGUUUUUAUGUCUCAGUUCCUGAAUGCAUAAGGUGGCCAGUUCUUGUUGUAGUUAUUCUUGCUUCAGUAUUUGGAAGCCAAGCAAUCAUCCGUGGAAUAUUUUCUAUCAUAAACCAAAGACAGUCGAUUGGUUGCUUCCCAAGAGUCAAGGUCGUUCAAACUUCUUACAAGAUUCAUGGUCAGAUAUAUAUUCCAGAGAUCAAUUGGAUUCUCAUGAUCCUUUCCAUUGUUGUAACAAUUGGAUUUAGAGACACUAAACACAUGGGAAAUGAAUCAGGGGAGUUAGAAAAUAGAGUUGUUGAACUAGAAGAGAGUAAUUGCAAACUAGCAAUUCUCAAAUCUCGGAGAGAUGCCGCAAAAGUGGCAGGCUUUUCUGUCUUAAAUUUAGGGAGCAAGCAUGUUAGUUGUGACAAAGUUAGAGAUAAAGUAAAAGAUAUACAAGAUAUGGAGACUGCUCUUAAAGAAUUAAUGGAUCAAGCUUCUUGCCGGCUUAAAGAAAUAAAAGGUCUUCACGAAGAGAGAGUACAUAUAUUGCUGCAGUUAUCUAACUUUCAGAGCAAAUUGAAUAAUGUAGCAUGUAUUUCCUCUUCCCAAGCCUACCUCUUAGUGAGAGAUCAAAUUGAAAAAUCAAAAUUUGAAGUUAUUGAGUAUCAGGCUUCGUAUGAGAAACUUCAGGUUGUAACUGGCCGAGAAGGAUAUUCUUGUCUUAAAGGAAAGGGAACUUAAUGUUAAAAGUGAUGUCAUUGAUUUCCUUCGAAGAUCUGCUGCAAUUGAGAAUUCAAAGAUUUCAGAUCUUAGGAUAGAAAUACAGAAGCAGAACGAUGAGAGAAAGAUGAUUGAAACAAAGGUGGAAGAUGCUUCAAGAGAACCUGGGUAGAAGAAACCUGAAGCUUUAUUGCAAGCCAAUGGCUCUUUUUAUUCUUUAAUUCUGAUGGAAGAAUUAUUAUUUCAGGAAGAAAAGAAAUGAUUGCAAAAUUUAAAGCCUUGGUGUCUUCCUUUCCUGUGGAAAUGGAAAACAUGCAAGACCAAUUGCGAAAACAUAAAGAAACUGCUUCAGAUGUUCAUUUUUUGAGGGCUGAUGUGCAAUCUUUUUCUAGCAUUCUUGACAGGAAUGUGAGCAGGUUUUUCAUUUGGUGAAAUUAUUGGAUGUUAUCAUUGGGCUUGUGAUGACUUUUUUGCAUCAGGUGAAAUAGUGUAAAACUCCAUUCGCUAGAUUCAUUAGGCUACUGAGAUACAGAAAUUGCAAACCAUGGUAUGUAUUAUGUUUUCAGAUUUGUAUCUUUUAGAUGGUCACUAGGUGGAGACUGGCCAUCACUAUUAAUCUUUGGUUAAUUGUAUAAAUGUCAUGUCACAUUAAAUUUAUCCUUCUAAGUUCUAAGUGUGUACAAUGGAAACUGGUUCUAUGUUUUUAUA